GACACCCCACUUCUCAGCCGAUUGUGUCAAGCAAUUGGGUUCCCACUCCUCUGCCUUCUCGCCGGCCCUGCAGCUGCUCCUGACAGAACCAAGAAAAGGUAUGAUUUAAGUCUUGAUGAAAUGAGAGCUUUGACAUUUCAGAGAGUGAAGUUUACCAUGGGUCUACCUCUCUUAAAACGUGCAAUUCAGGAACAGGCAGAGAAAACAAAGAAUUUUAUCAGUCGAAACCUUGUCAUAGGAGAAGUCCUCUCCACAGCAGACAUGGCCACAGGAGUGAAGUGUGGAAUAAUUUAUUGGCUAUUUGGAGGUGCAAUCAGGAAUCUUGGAAGCCCAGGACAUGUAACUAAGUGGCUUCAGCCUCUCCAGGAGCAGAAAUACACGGGGAUGUUUGCAAUGACCGAGAGGGGCCACGGGAGCAACGUGAGAGGUAUCCAGACCGAAGCCACUUUUGAUCUCUCUGCCCAGGAGUUUGUCAUCAACACGCCAUGUGAAAACGCUGAGAAGAUGUACAUCGGAAAUGCGAUGUAUGGGAAUUAUGCAGCUGUCUUUGCCCAGCUCAUCAUAAAUGGAAGAUGUCAAGGGCCCCACUGUUUCAUCGUUCCUAUCCGGGACGGAAACGGGAGCUUGUACCCAGGAGUGACGGCUAUUGAUAUGAUGUACAAAGAAGGUCUGCAGGGUGUGGAUAAUGGGAUUUUAAUAUUUGACAAGGUUCGAAUACCAAGGGAGAACCUGCUGGAUAAGUUCGGUUCCGUGACUCCAGAUGGGCAGUACCAUUCCCCUAUUAAGAACAAGAGUGCAAGAUUCAAUGCGAUGCUGGCAGCGCUGACCCCUUCGAGAUUAGCUCUGACUUUUCAAGCUUUGAGUGCCAUGAAGCUUGGGUUGACGAUAGCGAUUCGUUAUAGCCACAGCCGGAGGCAGUUUGGGCCCAAAGCUAAGGAAGAGGUCAAGAUCAUUGAGCACCAAACACAGACCUUUCGGCUGAUGCCUCACCUGGCCACGGCCUUGGCCCUGACCUUCGCCAACAGGUAUGCUGGGGUCCUCCUGGAUGAGGACGUCUUCCACGGGAAGGAGCUCGUCCACUGUCGCCCGCUGCAGGCGCUGGUGGCGGGGCUGAAGGCCUACAGCACCUGGGAGAACCUCAGAUGCCUGCAGGACUGCCGUGAGUGCACCGGAGGCAUGGGUUACAUGAUGGAGAACCGACUUGCAGGCUUAAAAUGUGACACAGAUGUGUUUGUAACUUUUGAAGGUGACAAUGUUGUUAUGCUGCAGAGUGCUUUUGGUGGCAGCACUCGGAAGCUGAACAUGAACACCUAUCCAGACUUUGUGCGAUACCUCAAGAUUAAAUAG